AUGCAAUUUCCUUUCGCGCAGUACAUGGUAGCAGCACAGUCGAUCACAGUCUCACAGGCCGAAGAGUAUCGCCGGUGCUUGAUGUUCGACAAGGCAUUCGCGGAUGUGAAAGCAAGAGACAUGCAACAGAUGUGGAAAGCACAAGACUCUCUUCUGAAGUUUGAGCAAGGCGAAGCCUUGGUGGAGGAAGAUACCACUGAGGUGGUCUCACAAUUUGAGAGUGGUAUGCUCCAGGCCCUAAACGACAAAAUCGAUACUUUUCGCUUCGACGAGCUUGUAUGCCCUUCAGAUCCGUCGUGGCCACCGGAAAAGUUCCGUACAUGGCUCUUGAGACACGACUUUUCCGCACAGUGGUAUUCUGCAUUGCACACUUGGAUUUACACGGUCUCCAUGUCAUCGAUCUCAUCGCCAAGUCGAGGAGUCGAGGGGCGGGAUUUCUUGCCACAAACUCUUCUUCCUGAAGUUGCAAUCGAAUAUGCAACUGCUGGUAUUAUGGAUUUCAGACUUCAUGAGCUUCGUCGAGAAGGACAGAGACUUCGAUCGAGCGCGAGACUUAUUCAAGAAUUGGCCGCCUGGCAUGCUCUCCUACCAGGAAAGACCGUCACUACUACUUCCCAGACGAUAACACCAUUCUGGCCAUCCCUGCUGAAAUACCCAACCCUCCUCUCCAUCUUCCGCAACAACAAUUUCGACAUCGGAACCGGCCACCAAGCCCUCUUCGGCGAAAUCUGCCGCAUCAAUCACGACUGCGUUCCGAACUGUCAAGGGAACUUCAACCAGAAUUUGGAUCGUUUCACGAUUCAUUCGAUUCAACCGAUUCAGCAGAAUGAGGAACUUACAAUCAGCUAUUUGAGCGAACACGGCGCUCUGAAGGAAUCGCGCCAGGGCCGCUUGAGGCAGCAGUACGGGUUUUUGUGUGAUUGUCCUGCCUGUGAUGCGAAGAGUCCGAGGGGCAAGGUGGGGGAGGACAAGAGGGUGGAUUUGCAGGAAAUGUUGCACGAGUUUGCCGAGGAUGCUGAGCAGCGGGCAGGGCCGAGUGCGGAGGCCGAGCUGAGGAUGAUGGUAAGGAUGAUUGAGGUCUAUGAGAGUGAGGGUAUUGCAGGGAGGGAGCUUGCUACGAUGUGUAUGACGGCGGCUGAGGACUGCGGCGAAGCUUGA